GUUCAAUUCUCAUACUUUCUACCACUUGGGGGCAGUGUCACCUUUGAGCUCUUAACUUAACCAAAGAAGAAGUCCCUGCUAGCUCUUUUCUGGUAGAAGUUGACAUUUCUGCCAUUAGAAAAGAAUAUAAUUAAGGCGGAUGCUCCAUCGUCAUGCCGAAUCACAAGGUGACAGAAGUUGUGUUGCUGGCAUGCGGGUCCUUUAAUCCAAUCACCAACAUGCACCUGAGGAUGUUUGAACUGGCCCGGGACCACCUGCAUGACACAGGACAAUACAAUGUGGUGAAAGGAAUCAUUUCCCCUGUGGGCGAUGCCUAUAAGAAAAAGGGUUUGAUUGAGGCGUCUCACCGUCUGGAAAUGGCUCGCUUGGCCACAGCGAACUCCGACUGGAUUACAGUAGACGAUUGGGAGAGCCUGCAGCCAGAAUGGCUGGAAACAGCUAAAGUUGUUAGACAUCAUUAUGAAGAGCUCCAUGCAGAAGAUCACAACAAGGAUGAUGUGGACACUGUCAAGCAUGGCAAAAAGAGACGCAUCGAUGAGAAUCAUUCUGAGAGCUCCAGGCAUCAAAAGAGAAAAGACGGCCCUCAGCUGAUGCUUCUGUGUGGAGCUGAUGUCCUGGAAUCCUUUGCCGUUCCCAACCUCUGGAAGCAGGAGGAUAUCGCAGAAAUUGUCGGCUUCUACGGUUUGGUUUGCAUCACCCGCAGCGGCAGCGACCCGUAUAAGUUCAUCCAACAGUCAGAUGAUUUGUGGACGCACCACAAGAACAUCCACGUUGUCCACGAGUGGAUCACCAACGAGAUUUCAGCCACCCACGUGCGCCGGGCGCUGCGCCGCGGUCACAGCGUCAGAUACCUGGUGCCAGAAAACGUCAUCGACUACAUUCGAGAGCAGCGUCUUUACAGCGCCGAGAGCGAACGGAAAAACUCAGACAUCGUCUUAGCGCCCCUUCAGAGGUACACCAGAGCUUCCUCGAGCUCAUGACCUAUACCUCCACGACGGCACAAACACUACUGGAAGUUUACUGUCAAUAAAACCAAUAAAGCCUCACAAUGAUCAAAA